AUGGAGGGNUUGCUGCAGUCUACGGUUGAGAACCCAAUUCAAAUUGGAGAACUUCUGACUCGUGGACUUGGUACUGGUGGCAAUCCUCUGUUGGGGGAACAGGCAGCAGAGGAGUCAAAGGAACACAUUGCAAAUGCUCUUAAAGGUUCGGAUAUGGUGUUUAUAACAGCAGGCAUGGGUGGCGGUACUGGAUCUGGUGCUGCUCCUGUUGUUGCUCAAAUAGCCAAAGAAGCAGGUUAUUUGACUGUUGGUGUCGUCACGUAUCCAUUCAGCUUUGAAGGACGUAAAAGAUCUUUGCAGGCUUUGGAAGCAAUUGAAAAACUUCAGAAAAAUGUAGAUACUCUUAUAGUAAUUCCCAAUGAUCGUCUUCUGGAUAUUGCUGAUGAGCAGACACCACUUCAAAAUGCUUUUCUUCUUGCUGAUGAUGUACUUUGUCAAGGCGUCCAAGGAAUAUCUGAUAUAAUCACUAUACCUGGGCUGGUAAAUGUGGAUUUUGCAGAUGUUAAGGCAAUCAUGAAAGAUUCUGGAACUGCUAUGCUCGGAGUUGGGGUUUCUUCCAGUAGGAACCGUGCUGAGGAAGCAGCUGAACAAGCAACUCUGGCCCCUCUCAUUGGAUUAUCAAUUCAAUCUGCAACUGGUGUUGUAUAUAACAUUACUGGAGGAAAAGAUAUUACUUUGCAGGAGGUGAAUAAGGUGUCCCAGGUUGUCACAAGCUUGGCUGAUCCAUCCGCCAACAUCAUAUUCGGUGCUGUUGUGGAUGAGCGCUAUAAUGGAGAGAUCCAGGUGACUCUAAUUGCAACUGGUUUCGCACAGUCAUUUCAGAAUUCUCUUCUAACUGACCCUCGAGGAGCAAAGCUAGUUGAUAAGAGCAAAGGAACCACAGAAAGAACGGUAUCACCUGAUACCUUGAGGUCAUCAGAGUCUCCUUCCACAAAACCUCGACCAGCUGCUCGGAGGCUGUUCUUUUAGCUCCUUCUUAGUUUGUUAUCUCUCCAUUGUUAUUUUUUAUUAAUGAUUCUUUUUUUUUUUGGGGGAUUCCUUACACUUAUUUGUACCACAACGGGUCAGGUCUGAUGAGUGUACCUGAUUAUUUACACUUACAUGUGGCUUUAUAAAUCAUGAUGAGUUUUAUUAGAUGCA